GCGAAUUUAUAACUUUGUAUUAUUGUGAGAAACGGUUCUCUCUACAACUCAAUACUUUGUAGUUUGUACUAAAAAUGGGUCACAUUUGGUUAACAUUGUAUGUCUUGUUAAUUGUCUUAUUCAAAGUCCAAAGUGACUCUACGGUUAACAUAACCAUCAUCGAAGGGGCCACAGCAACCGGAGCAGUUUGCUUGGACGGGAGUCCACCCAGUUACGCCAUGGAUAAGGGUUCAGGCCCUGGAGCAAAUAACUGGGUCAUUUAUCUCGAGCAAGGUGGAUGGUGUACUACUAUUGAAGAUUGUGCUAGAAGAGCUAAAUCUUCCGGAGGAAGCAGUUCGAGUUCUUAUAGGAAUAGUUACAGCUUAUCUGGGAUACUUGACGUCAACGCCACAUUCAAUCCAGAUUUCUACAAUUGGAAUAAGGUUGCUGCUUUAUACUGCGAUGGCUCCUCGUUCUUUGGCAAUGUCGAUGAGGUUGAUCCGCAAAACAAUCUCCAUUUCAGAGGCUCCAGAAUAUUUAAAGCUAUAAUCCAGGAGCUGGCGGCAAAAGGGAUGGCUUAUGCGGAUAAUAUCUUACUUUCAGGGGGUUCAGCUGGCGGGUUAGCCACAAUUCUCAACUGUGAUGGCCUUCGUUCUCUUGUACCUUACGCCAAAACAGUCAAAUGUUUAUCCGAUUCCGGUUUUUUCUUGCAUGCACCAAAUCUACCAGGGGUGAUGCAUAGAGAACAAUACUUCAGCGAUGUCGUUCAAUUACACGGACUAGCGAAUCUUUUGCCUCAAACUUGCACGUCGAGGAUGAGUCCUAAUUUAUGUCUGUUUCCCGAAUACUUAGUCGAAGAUAUUAAGACUCCACUAUUUCUACUGGAGUCUUCGUUUGAUCUAUUCCAGAUACAAAUUCAAUACACACCAUAUGUAGGUGGUGGAAGACAUGAAUGGUUUAAUUGUGUGCACCUCAGUCUAUCAUUCUGCAACUCAACUCAAAUUGAGAAAUUGCAGGAAUUUCACACCACCUUUGUACAAACACUGCAAAAUUUGAAUUAUUCGCCAUUCAGAGGAGCGUUUGUACAUAACUGCUUUCGCCACGGACAUAUCAUGACAAAGGAUGGGUGGACAUGUUCACGCGUGACAGUUGAAAAUGCCGUUCGAGAUUGGUAUUUUGACGGCAACAAUUUUCAGUACAUAGCUACUGAUAAUCUCCCAAGAAACUGUACCAGCCCAUUAGAUAAUGCAUUUGAUACAAAAUGCAUGAAAACUCUUUGAUUGUUUGUACUUGAAUUUCUAUCUGUACUAACUACUAAACAAGGUAAUUAAUGAAAUACUAGCUCAAAUUCAGC